CAACACCAGACUUACUCCACACGCAUAAACGUAAUACCUGUCGAUUCACAAGAACUAUCGACCUUACACAUUACCACUAUCAUCGACAUACAUACACACACAUACACACAUACACACAUACACAUAGAGAUUGAGACAGAGACAGCUGGAGAAAGAAUAAGAAGAAAUAUCUGAUGAAUGAUUCUUCUGUGACCGACUGGACGUUGGAGCGUCACUGUAUAGACGGUGUAUGCCAUUGUGAUUGGCGGUUGACAGUUCAGGACUGUGUAGAAUCCCAUGCAUUAUACGUCGUCCAUGUAAUUAACAUUGCUCUAUCCGGACUUGUGUCUAUACUAGCAAUUGGAAUUCUCUAUGAUCGCCUCGUUCUCAAAGGACAUCGGUUAUUUGACGGAAACAUAGCCAAGGGAUGCCUUCGACCGAAACCAAUAGACAGCAUGAUGUUUUUACUCACGUUUUUUAAUAUACUCCGCUUGAUUUCUAGCGUGAUCAUCGUAGCGGACAUUGCACCAGGAAACAUGAUCGUUCGUUCUUUUAUGUUCGAAAUCCCAUGGCAAUUUGGCUAUGGAGGCUUCUCACUUUACCUAGUAGGAAUCGCACAGACCUUGGCUGAUAGUCAUAGAGCAAUUGCUACCGGAUGGUUACCUUCACCGCGCACCGUAGAUGUUAUAGGACUCUCCUUUUUUCUAGCGCCAUUUAUCCUUAAUAAUAUUUGCUCCCUGGUUGCCGGAUCACUGGCAAAAAUCCUUUUCGCCGGCGUCCGUCUGGUCGGAAUCCUUAACAGACACAUAGCCAAGUUCCAAACUUCCGGUCCUCGGUUCACAACAGUAAAGACUGGAAUAUUUAAGAUUAAAUCUGUUAUGAGCAUAUUGUCCAUAUGCUUAAUGUUAUUUGCCAUAUUCUUGCUACUAUAUGGAGCCCUCCGUAACUCAAUCACGGUCAACCCUGUCGGAAGUGUUUUUCUGGCCGUUAUUUGGUCUUACCUGGCCGGGAUUUCCACGCUUUCCUUGGAAAUAUCUAUCCUCUUCAAUCCUACCAUCAAUGAAAACACCGAUAUUGGGCUGAAGAGCUCUAGUGGUGGUGACAAGUCAAACAACCUUUUCGAGACUCAGAAUUCAGGUUUACCCAGCGUUAUGCACGACAAAAGUUUCCAAGGAACCUUGAGCCAUAACGCAUUUGACGAUCUGAAGCAGCAGCAACUACAGUACCAGCAAGCUACUCAAAAACACGCAAAAGGAGUCGGGGCAGCCAAUAAUGUCAACACAACAAUCCUGACAUCUCGAGCCGGUAUUCCUCUAGAAGAUCUCAGUUACUCAGACUCAAAAGACAAUUACAAAUCUCCACACUGGGCAGAUCCAAAGCAAGAUACCGAAGCCUGUAAUCACAUAGACGAGGCCUUGUUCUCUUCUCAAGUAGACCUCAUGGAUGCAAAGUAAAAACAAAAACAAAAAAUGUUCAUAUACGCAUUUUAUAUUAUAUUAUAUUAUAUUUUAUCUACCUAUUUAUUAUAUUAUAUUAUAUUAUAUUAUAUUAUUUAUAUAUAUAUAUAUACUUUUUCUUUUAUAAAAGAAGGAAAAAACAACCGAAUUUUGAAACAACGGCUUUUGAUUCCCACAAAUGUCACUAGACAUAUCAAGGCUAUCAAGAAAGAAAGAGAGAGAGAGAGAGAAGAGGGCCAACCAAACCAUUACAUAUCAUACAACUCGAAUCUUACGAUUUAUACCAUCACAAACACCUCAUACCUAUUUUUCUGAUCCUUUUAUCGGCAUUCUCCUUUUUCAUAUUUAUUUAUAUAUAGGUAUAUAAUCUAUUAACAAACAAACACACAUAAAGAAAAUACUCACUCCUAGUACACUACACUACCCACUAUACUACGCAUUCACACAUUUACAUCCUUUACUACACAUACUAUACACUUAUUAAACAAAGCAAAAAAAAAUCAUACUCAUUUUCAAAUUAUUUUCUCUUUCUCUUUCUAUCUAUCUAUCUAUUAUAACCUGUACAGUUGAGUAAAAAAAAAUUGCUAAUAUAAAUACAUAAAUACCAUACC